UGGGACUUUAAUUCUACCUGCAGUCAUGUUUGUGUAUUCUUACACUACCUAAUGUUUUUUGUUGUCUUGGAGGCUUUUUAUGUGUUAUGUAAAGCACUUUGAAACUGACACUUAGAGAUGCUCUAGAAAUAAUCUGGCUGUGCUAUCUCUCUUGUUUUUCCUCAGGUGAGCAGCCAUGGCUAACCUGCAGCAGGAAUACCCCGGGGUCCUUCUGGGGAUCCUGGAGGAACUGGCUAAUAUGCGUCAAUGGCUGACGUUCCAGGACCUUUGUCGCAUGGUCAGUACCCGCUUUGACCUAGAGCACCUCAUCGAGCUCAGGAGUUUGCUUUUUGCUGCUGCCAGCCGGGAUCCCUGUUUCCCAGCCACUCUCUUUAGAGACCGGGUCUCCACCAGAGGCCAGGGGCUAUCGCCCAUAGGUGUCGCUGCUGACAUUGUAACUAUCUUCAAUCUCAUUCAGAUGACAGGUGGGGCUCCUGAUGACAGUCAGCCAAUGAGAGCCCAGACAAUCCUCCCCGUCGACCAGUCCCCUGGCCCUAGUCUGCCUGGAAUCUACCAGCUGAACAUUCCUGGUCGAGAGAGAGCACGCGCCCACUCUGAUUCCGGUGGCAGGCCUAUCGACCAGCACUUGCUGUUUCCGAAAUCUAAUUACUCAGCCCGCAAGCGAGCAAGUCUUCCCCCCGAUCCCAUUUCAUUUGUGCCCUCCCCUCCAAUCAGGGCGAGGGCUGUGUCUUUUGACUUGCCUCACACAACACUCUUGUACCCCAGCAGUCAAAUCCCCAACGACGUCAUGAAGAAUAUCUACCUGCCUUUGGAGACGGACAGUGAGUCUAGUGGAGAUUCCGCACCCAUAGAGGUGUUUGAACCUGAACAGGGAUCAUCUGUUGACCAGAAGAGAAACAUCUUUAAGAAGGACUUCCAUAACCAGCCGCCUCUAAUACCCCAGGUAACUGUCAGCAGUGAGUCUCCUAGUCCCAACAAGGGAAAGAAAGGCUUUGACAAUCACAGCUUUGAAAUGAUCCCGAAUCCUUAUCCAUCACCAACAACAGUCCAGCAAUCACCAGAGCCACGGACUAAACAUGAAAGCCUUGAUGACCUGCAGGACUCAACUUAUUUCGGACCCGGGUCAGUCUCAGAGUGGUCCCCUGGACAUCUCCAGCUUCCCAGGACCGAAAGGCCCAUCUGGAGCAACAAGAGUCACAGUUUAGAGGACCGGAUAGGCUUGGGAAACAUUGGGAUGGGGAUGGAAUCACAAGGGGGGCAGCCUCCAAGACGAUCAACCCCUGCUAUCAGCAAAUUGGGGUCUUCAGGGGGCGAGAGUGGGGACAGUGGAUUGCCGAGUGGAGGUGAGGGAGUCAAGGCUCAGGGAACCCAGACAGACCCACCGGACCCCCGGCGCCUCCGUAGCCUGGUCCAUGCUGAUCGCCUCUCCUUCAUGACCUCAUUGGACGACCCAGAGUUUGGUGAGGAUGACAUCAGUGCCAUCUUUCGCUUCUUAGAUGACAUAAGCAUGUGUGGUUCCACAGGAGUCCUGCACCCUAAUGAUGGAUCAGGGGCCAUCAACCAGGACACCCCCGAGGCCAGACGUGGGCGUCUAGGUCAACUCCAAAGGCUUUUCCACUCUUUGGAAAGCAGUGACGAUGGGCUGAAGGCCAGUGUCUGUAAGCUGCUGCUCCGUAUGAGCCAGAUAGAGAGACAACUAGAGUCAUUAAAUGAUGUAAAGGCUGAGAUUUCCCAGGUGUUGUCCGCUCUGCAGCGACUAGAUGAGAAGAUCCAGCAGCCUAUCAGUGGUGGUGGACAAGGCAGCAGCGGGCGAUGGCUGGAGCCUCUAAGCGGUGUCUCGUCCUUUAUGAGCCAUCCUAUGACUCCUUCUGAGUCAUCAGAGCCUCAGCCUCUGUCUGCAUCUGGGCAUCUGUUUCCAGGGACCAGCACUAGUAGUCUGGACUGGAGUCGAUGGAACACUCCUGGGGAGCAAACAGAAAGCAGCAAAGUUCAGGCUGAUUCUAAGGGGGGGAAAGAAGGGAAGAAGGAUGCAUCAUCUCGUCGUGCCUCCAAAACUCAACCUGAAGAUAAAAGUGUCUCUGAAUCCAAAAAGCUUAAUGUUUCUAACUCUGCAAGAGACUGGACAGUGUCAUUCUUGAAAAGUAAAGAUGGCAAAGCCUCACAUGGAAAAACUGGACAGGCAGACCAGUCAGGCAGCACAACUAACCUACUCUCCCAAAAGUCUACCAACCUGGUGGAACAAGUGUUUAACUCAUCCCUCUUUCGCCACAAAGACAGCAGUCUGACAGGUGGGCUAACCUCUGGGAAAAUCAUGGACACCAGGCUGGCUGAGGGGAGGGGAAGGCCUAUCUGGACUGUAGACGACAGAGAAGCACGAAUCUCUGCUUUGGACAUGCAGGCCCAGGAGUCUCUUAACCCCAAUAACAUGGAGUUCUGGAUGGACGACAUCUAUACUCCAGGCUACGAUGCUCUGCUCAGGCGUAAAGAAGCAGAUCUGCGCCGGGCCAAGGUCUGCAAGCUGAUUGCACUCAUUGCCACUGCAGUGGCAAUCAUUCUCAUCAUUGUCAUUCCUCUUUGUACCAUGGCCUGAUGAAGACCCUAACAGACAGCACAUGUUGUUGACUGUUUUCAGUUUAUUUGAUUUAUUUAUUUUCAGGAGCUAUUUGCUGUACCCAGGAACUUGCACACCAUUCUCAUUGAGAUUAGUACGUGAGAGACUGUGACUUAAGGACCCUAAAGCUGGAUCAGCAAUCGCUUAACAUACAGUACCUCCUUACACUACUCUGCAUGCAGCACCAUUAUUCAUGACUUCAGAAAAGCAAGAGGAACUGUAGCUCACUUUGAUAUCACGCUGAGUCACUCCCUCAGGCAGUUACAACAAACUGUAAGUAUUUUCCCAUGCCAAACUUUUUUUUUUCCACUAUUCACACUUAUUUAUUUCAUAAUGUGUGUUCUUAAUCAUUUCAGGUGGCUAUAAAAACAGUUAUGGAUGGAGAUUUUAAAUGAUUCUAAAAUAACUGAAAGCAUAUGUUGAAACCACUAAUACUGAGCCAAUGCAAAAGUGUCAAUUUCUUUUUAUUUUCUGCUCUCUUUUGAGAAACAACACUGUUACAAACGCAUUGUGAAUCAGCUUCAGCCUUGAGCACUGCCUGACUCUUUUUUGCUGUUCCCUCGAGAACACUACAGGGCUUAUUUCACUUCUGUGUAAAAUAAUAGAUUUAUCAGUAUAUAAGAGUUUUACAUCUACAGUUUAUAAAUAGUAAUGGAUUCUUGCCGACAGAAGCGUUUUUAUUUUCUUUUAGUUAGAAUGUUCUUGUACUUUCCUUUAAGCAACAAGAUACACUGCUCUAGCUUAAAUCAAUAAAAAAUAAUAUUUUUAUAGAGUUCCCUCCCAUUUUUCAAACUGGAAAAUGUGAGCUGUUUAAUCCACUCAUGAAUGUGUGUUUGGGUUGUGGGGCAGAGCGUUUACCGAGUGUCAGGUUUCAAGAAAUGGAGGAUAAAAAUGUUGUUGUUGAUGAUGUUUUGAAUCCGGAGCGAUGAAAGAAAGAGGGAGCCCUUUCCAGUAAACACACUCUAAGUGGGAGAUUCCACUUGUAAUUCAAUUGAUGGGAUGUUUCGAGUGCACCUAUGCACAUUAUCUUUUCAGCUACACUCACUUGGCCAGAGCUUUUCCAUAUACCUGCAGACUCACUUAGCUCCAACAGAUUCAUCUGGCAUCCUUUCAUGGAUGAUGAAAGUAGUUUUGCCGGUGGUGUGACAUUCCAUUUUGUAAAAACAUCCUGUUAACUCGAGAGACAUGUUAUUUAAACCGACGUGCCAGUCUAUAAAAUCCUUAGGGGGCUGACACAAAAUAUGUAAACCUGUAAAACAUAAUGGAAUCCAACAGUGAACCUCCACUACAAAUACUACCUUUGUAACACUUGAACAGUUAAAUUUUUGUUGAGACUGUGACAGAGGUGUUGAUUGAACUGUAAUGUAAGGUUGUAUGUCAGUAACGACAGCCUCAAAAUAAAACACAUGGCAUCUGUCAAAAACAUAACAGUGUAUGCUACACAAUACUACUGUUUACUGCAAGGCUAAUGUGUUGGACUGCAUUAGCAUUUUUCACUUGUUCGUGUUAUUGUGUCCUCUCCCCUAACAUUGCAAGAUAUGGACGAUUUUGUUUCUGUUCAACAACAGACAAGCACUUUAUGGAGGUAUACACAAAAGUGCACAGAAACUAUGCAUAUCAGAAGGAAAAGCUACAUGGAAAUGUUUGUUGUUAAACUUUGCUUUGUGUACAAAAAUGGAGAGGGCGUGUUCUGCUUCAAUGCAUCCUCCUAAGUAGAUGUGUAUCUGCCAAGUGUUCCCCAUGAGGCUGUUUGUGGAUCCAUUACCCUUCCAGUGGUGCCACUGACUAACCCUGCAGUCAGCACAAUCCGCAGGUGCUUCCUCUGAAACUUCUGUGCAUGAGAGCCUCCUGAUACUUUUUUUCAUUCCUGAAAUUCAGACCUUGUUUUUGCAAUAUCCAUGCACCUUUUAGACAGCCAACUGACAAUCUGUGAACUCAUUAUUCAGGUAAACUCUCUUAAAAUAGCACGUAAAUGAAAGAGAAUGUGCAGGUAUAACAGUACAAGUUACGGGUGUGCAAUGCUUUAUAUGAUUGUGAGGGUGUACAUUGACUUAUGAUGCUUGUCUGAAUAAACUCAACAAAG